GCAACGGUAGCUAGGAUUUUGGUGCAACACAGAAUAGAAGAGAGGGCAGCCGACAGAAAAUCCCAACACAUGAAUCCACACGAACACCAAAAUCAUUAUCCAAUCAUUCUAACAAGACAUCCACAUGUCCAGGACCAUAAAACCUUAUUGUUAUGAAUUGAUUCUCAUCUCCAUCCAAUCAAAUUCUAUAUUCUUUAUGGGUUUCGUUUGUGUAGCUUUCAUAGAAUUGACAUACUUACUCGCAAAACAAGCUUUUUUUUUUUUUAUCAAUGUUUUGGUUGCAAAGCACCUCCGAGGGUUUUGAUGAACAGUUAGUAAGCUACUUUGUAUAGAUAGAGUGAUAGACCAGAAAGCUAUGGCUAUUGGCUAAGUACCCAUCUUUGAAGGUGAGGCCGUAAGUGUACGUUGAAUAUAUGCUUGGGUGUCCUGUUUCGAGGCCGAUCGAAAUGAAAGGCAUCGAUCCAUUAUACUUCCGUUCCAAGGAAUUGGUAGUGUUUCGUCCUUUCAAAUAUCGGUCUCGGAGAAUCACAAUAGGACACCACCAAAUUACUCUAACAAUGGCACUUAAGUAAGUGGUUAAGUAUUAUACAUGUACCUUGUUGAGGAUAUUAAUUACUUAGUCAAAAAGUAAUUAAUUCUUUGUCCUACAAGUCCCUAGUUUUCCUUGUUCAGAUAAAAGAAGGAAACUUGGUUGUCAUUAGGGUUUUAACCCUACGGCUAUCUCUAUAUAAGGUUAGCUACGAGAUUGUCGUAAGCAAGCAGUUAAGAUGUAGUCCUCAAUAAUAAAACGUCAGCCGUGAGCUCUUUUGAGCUCACUGUGGAUUAGUCUCGAUCAAUCAAUCGAUCGAGGAUACCACGUAAAAUUGUUUGUCUCGUGUUCUUGUUAUUCCGCGUUAUCAAAUUCUACAUGGUAUCAGAGCGAAACUCGAUCCCUUGUCUAGGGUUUUGAGCUUUCGCCGGUCUGCAUCUGUUGCCUCUCCGCGACAACGUUGUAGUUGUCUCGUUCCGUUCUUCAUCCACCACCGAAGUCCCCGAUUUUAGUCAAAUUCGGGUUUGUUUGAACGAUCUUCUCAUCAGCACCGAUCCACCUUCGUGCAACGCAGUUCUUCAGCCCAGCAGCAAGUCCGGCCGCCCCGACGUCACUAAUCCACCGUCUCUUCAUCGACCGUCGACGUCAUCAACCGCCAUCAUCCAUCACCGAUUGCGGCGUAUUCGUCGUUGAAAGGCAUCACCUGUAGUUGGUCCAACUUCAUCGACGACUCGUCACCAAUCGAAUCUUUUACUUACAGUCGCGGUCAUCGUCACAAUCGGGAGAGAUCCGACAUCGUUGGCGGUCGCCAGCCCCUGUUCUGUCAGUCCUCUCUGUCUCUGUUAUCACCCAGUCAACAUACGUCGGUCGCGUCUCACUCUCACCAUCGAUUAGGGGUGGGAGUCGGUCGGUUUCGGUUUAACCGAAAACCAAAAACCCUGUUUUCGGUUAAACCGAACCACCCCCUAUAGCUGCCGACAACCGACCGUGAGGUGUGUCACGGUUAGCCGGCCACCCGACCGGUCGGUUUCGUUUUUUGGGUCGGUUAGCCGGCCAACCGGAAAAUUACCUUUUCUACAUUAAAAAAAAAUCGGCGGAGUUCUCGAUUCUUCUUCCACACCCUCUGGCCUCUUCCACCCCUAUUUUCCAAUGACGCACCUUCUCCUCCUCGAGAACUCCUUCGAUUUUCGAUUCUCCUUCCCAAUCUGCCUUGCCCUCCUCUUCUCCCCACUCUCCCCGGCACUCUUCCCUCUCUUCAGUCCUAUGCUCUUCGGCCUCCUCCUCGACCUCGCUGUCGUCGGCCUCACCAAAGCCAUCUUCCGCCGCCAGCGCCCGCCCUACAACCACUCUUCCAUGCCCGCCGUCAUCGCCAUCGACAAAUUCUCUUUCCCCAGCGGACACUCGACCAGGGUCUUCUUCAUCGCAUCCUUGGUUUCUCUCUCGGGGACCGCAAUUGAGGCCGCUCUGCUCGAGCUGAAGGCCGGCGGAGGGCUGGCUGAGCAGUGGAUUGUUGGUGGUGACAAGGGCAGAGUGGUGGAGAUAGGGUCCCGCGUUGAUGGCAUUUGUCGGCGGGGGAGCAGGCGCCAGGCGGUCUCGCAUGGAGGAUGGGGGUGAAGGGUAUUGGAAAUUUGGAAUUAGGUUUUUUGAUUUGGGGUGAAGGGUUUCUGCAAUUUUGGAUGGGGAGAAGGGGAUUUUCGGUUAGGGGCGGUUAUCCGGUUAGCCGCGGUUAAUCAUUCCCGGUUAUUCGGCUAACCGGAGCCCUCUGAUGGGCAUCCGAACACCGACCGAGGUCGGUUUUUGCCGGUUUUUGGUUAGUCGGUUUCUGUCAGUUUUCGGUUAUAACCGGCGGCUAACCGCUAACUGGAAACUUAAUUGCCAGCCCUACCAUCGAUUAAUGCCACCUGCCGUAGCUCUGUUUCUAGUGGCUGGUUGCCAAGGGACGAGCAGCAGAGGAGAAGAAAAAAGGUGGACUUGAAAAAGUAACCCUAAAGGAGCUGUUCAAAAGCGGGCCGACCACCCUUCCCUUUUUGGGCCUCGUCCAAAUAGUACAAGAUCGGGUUGUUUGUCCACCUGCCAUUAUUUUAUUCAAUUCACAUUUUGUGAAGGAGUUUCACCCCAAAGUAAGUGUUAUGUAUGGGAGCUCAUUUUAGAAGUCUACGAGGGUAUUCCACUCAUGUUCCCCUCGUACGGUCCAUUCCCUAGGCUUGGACAGGUUGUAUGAUUCUUUUCCUGGGUUACUCUUGGCAUUUAAAAGUCUUGUCACAUGUUGCACAGUAAGUCACUCUUCACCAUCAUCACAGUCAUGGCAUUGAAGGCAAUCAUGAUCGGCGAUGGUCAUCACUUCAAAUAGCUAAUGUUGGGGAGCAAGAAUAGUUUGUCAACCAAAUUUUCAAGUCAUCAAGCGAGGCUGUCACAAUCAAAGAGGCGAUCGUCUCCUCCGCGUUCAAUAUUGGUCAAUGUUGAGUCGUCACCAUUCUAACUUUCAAUUUGGGCAUUCACGUCGUUCAUACUACAACUUGAUGGGGAGAAUAGGGCAUCAUCAUACGUGUUCAAUCAGUUCAGCAUAUUGACCAUGGUGUAUCAGUCAAGGAGGUUCCCUAGUCUUGUUCAAGAGAGAGGAUAGACAGAAGUCUCUCAAUCUAUCUCAUUUCAAGAGAGAAGCAAUCAAUAGCCUCUCGAUCAAUCUCAUCCAGGUAGAGGCGCAGUCAACCAUCUCCACCAUAACGUUCGGAUAGACGCAGUCAAUUGUCUCCGUCAAGUCAUUCAAGAGACGCAGUCAACCGUCUCCGUAAGGUCGUUCAAGAGGCGCAGUCAACCGUCUCCGUCACGAAGUUCAAGAAGACGCAGUCAACCAUCUUUGUCAGGUUGUUCAGAGAGAGAGUCAGUCAUCUCCAGAUCAAUCUCAUCCAAGAUGUCAAGAAAUUUUGCCAUGUUGAGUUCACUGUCAAAAGAACUGGGUCAAGAGUGGAGUAGUUUCGUCAUCAGUCUUCCUCACCUGCAACUGAGUCAAGUCAUAGGAAGAGGUUGUUUGAGUUGUUCAAGCUUGACAAUCUUGUUAUUCCUGUCUUCGCUUGAGGGGGAGUGUUGAGAAUAUUAAUUACUUAGUCAAAAAGUAAUUAAUUCAUUGUCCUACAAGUCCCUAGUUUUCCUUGUUAAAGUAAAAGAAGGAAACUUGGUUGUCAUUAGGGUUUUAACCAUACGUCUAUCUCUAUAUAAGCUUAGCUACGAGAUUGUCGUAAGCAAGUCGUUAAGAUUUAGUCCUCAAUAAUAAAACGUCAGUCGUAAGCUAUUUCGAGCUCAUUGUGGAUUAGUCUCGAUCAAUUAAUUGAUCGAGGAUACCAAGUAAAAUCGUUUGUCUCGUGUUCUUGUUAUUCCGCAUUAUCAAAUUCUACAUACGACAUGGUAUCAGAGCUGGUUUGACCAAGUGGUCGUGUGUUCGAAUCUCCACGACCCCCAACAUUAACAGUUGAUUAAAGCACAAGGUAUGGUGGCAUGUGCAAACUUCAAGCCCGUGACUUGGCUUUCGUUUGAAGGGGCGUGUUAGAGAGUGGUAUAAAAUCCAGCAUAACCU